AUGACAGACAGCAACACGCAAACCACCCUCCAAGACCUGCCAGGCGAGAUCUUGAAUCAGGUAGCAGGCCAUCUCAGCGCAACAUCCUUCUCUGCACUACGUCUCACCUCGAAAUCUAUCGAGGCCAACACGUAUCAGAACUUCAUCGACAGGAACUUCAAGCAUCUGAGCCUUGAACUCGAUGUGCCAAACAUGCAGUACGUCCUGAGUAAGCUUCGGUCUUCGAACGUCGCUUCCCAGGUGCAGACGAUCACCUUCAAGCCCACGUCCGCUGAGGGCCUCACUCAGAACCCUUCUUCCUCUAUUGGUCAACAAGUGCACAAGGCUAAUGAGAUUCACGCGCUGCUGAAGGAGAUUCUUGGCCUGUUGCUUUCGCUCAUGAAGGUGGAGAUCUGUGGAUCAACAACCCUCGCUCAGGCCCUUCGUGUCCUUGAAGUGAUCACUGUCCCAGGUCUGACUUCCAUCUCUAUCUGGAGCAGUCGCACCCCAGCCAACUCAUUCCACAAUGUCCUCAUCCGCCACAAGGAGUCACUCAGGUCGAUGACCCUGCAUCAAGUUCUCUGCACUAACCCCUCAUGGUCUCCAACUCUUGCACUCAUCAUGAACGAGUUGAACCUGGACACUCUAGCCAUGAGCGAGCUGUGGUCGAACGACCCACGUGAGACGGAGGUUGGCUUCCUCUCGUUGGUGGAGCGGCGAAAGAACCGUGCCAUGAGAGACCCAGUCAUGAGGAAGUUCUAG